AUGCCUAGGAGGAAGUAUUGGACGCCUUCUCAAGACUAUCAAUUGAGAGAAUUUGUUGAAACUCACGGCCCACGUUGGGGAGAUAUUGCGCGGGUUAUUGGCAAUAAUACGACGGGGAAGCAAUGUCGUGAGAGGUACAGAAAUCAUCUGGAUAGGAAAAUAAACCAUUCGAAAUUAACAUUGUUGGAGCAAGCCGAGAUCUACCGGUUAUACGAAAAGCAUGGAUCAAAGUGGGCAUUAAUUGCUGCACAACUCCCGGGAAGAACUUCGUUACAAGUCCGUAACUUUUAUUACAAUGUUCGUCGUAUAGCCAAACGUCGUGAUCCGGCAAGAAAGAUGUCGGUAUCUUACAUCUGCGGGAAACCGCAGUAG